AUGGCAGCGUCUCUGGUUCUCGCCAUCUUGGCUCUGUGCUGCUCUUCGGCCCAGGGCAAGGGACUAUGGUCAAGCACACCAGCACAGUACAAUGAUAUUCUCCGCCAAGCAUACCCUGUCGGCAACGGCAAGCUUGGAGCAAUGCCGUUCGGACCGGUGGGUAGCGAUAAAGUGAAUCUCAAUGUCGAUUCUCUCUGGGUAGGAGGGCCAUUCCAGGGUGCUUCAUAUAACGGCGGAAAUCCGACUUCACCCGUGUCUGAAUAUCUGCCAGGGAUUCGUGACUGGAUUUUCUUGAAUGGUACUGGCAACGUUACGAAUCUCCUCGGCAGUGUAGAGAACUUUGGCAGCUUCACUGUUCUUGGUAAUAUUAGCGUUUCGAUCGACGGGGUUGAAUCUGCAAAAACGUAUAACCGGUCCCUGGACUUUGAGACUGGCAUUCACACAACGUCGUAUACCGCCAAUGACGGGAAUACGUACACAUCCACAGUGUUCUGUUCUUACCCGGAUCAAGUUUGCGUCUACGACCUAAGUUCGACAGCGGCGUUGCCAGAGAUUGCGAUAUCGUUUGAGAAUUUACUCAGCAACGCGUCCCUUUUCACCGCCUCUUGCGACUCGUCUGGCUAUGUUAGGCUCGCUGGCCAUACUCAACUUGGACCACCGCUCGGCAUGAAAUUUGAUGCGAUAGCAAGGCUCAGAAGCAGGGCAUGUACGGCAUACUGCAGUUCCACCACUCCAGGGGCCUUGGUCAUUCCGGCCGGAUCGCAUAUCCGCACGUUCAACCUCGUCAUCGCCGCAAAUACCGACUAUGACCAAACCAAGGGGGAUGCAAAGAACGGGUACUCUUUUCGAGGAGAGGAUCCUGCACCUUACGUCGAGGCCACCACCAGGGCAGCGGCUUCCAAGGCCGAGACCGACAUCCGCCAAGCUCAUAUUGCCGACUACCGCCAUCUUGCUAACCAGUUCACUCUAGAACUACCUGACACGGCUGGUUCUGCAGGUCUCGAAACGUCCGUCAUAGUGUCUCGCUACAAUUCCUCGGGCCCUGGGGAUCCGUACCUCGAGUCCACCCUCUUUGCUCUGGGCCGCCACCUGUUUAUCUCAUCGGAGCGUGACAACAGCCUUCCGACCAAUCUUCAAGGACACUGGGCGCAUACGCUCGUUUCUGACUGGGGAUCCGAUUAUCAUUCCAACAUCAACUUUCAGAUGAACCACUGGGGUGUCGACCAGACGGGCCUCGGUGCUCUCCAAGUAUCCGCUUGGAACUAUAUCCAAAACACGUGGGUGCCGCGCGGAACCGAGACGGCGAAGUUACUCUAUGACGCACCCGCCGGAUGGGUUACUCAUAGCGCCAUGAACAUUUUCGGACACACGGGGAUGAAAGACAAUCCCCGGUGGGCCGAUUACCAAGUAUCCGGUGCUUGGAUGAUGCUCCAUGUCUGGGAUCACUUUGACUAUUCCCAGAACACGUCGUGGCUUACCACGCAGGGAUACCCGUUAAUCAAGGGCGUCGCGCAGUUCUGGAUCUCCCAGUUGCAAGAAGAUGUCUCUUCCAAGGACGGGACUCUCGUUGUCAACCCGUGUAACUCGCCCGAGCAUGGCCCCACCACAUUUGGAUGCACUCAUUUCCAGCAAGUGCUAUUCCAAGUAUUCGACUCCGUCCUCGCAGCAGCCCCCACAGUCGGCGAAAACGAUUUGUCUUUCUUGCACAAUAUCACCUCCAUGCUCAAAUCCCUCGACAAAGGUCUCCACAUUGGAAGCUGGGGGGAGGUGAAGGAGUGGAAGAUCUCGGACAGCUAUGGAUACGACUUCCAGGGAGACACUCAUCGACACUUGUCCCACCUCAUUGGCUGGUAUCCCGGUUACUCCAUCUCGUCCUUCCAAGGCGGGUAUGCCAACGACACAAUCCAGAAGGCCAUAGAGACAAGUUUGAUAAGCAGAGGAAUUGGCUCUGACUCGGACGCAAAUGCCGGCUGGGAGAAGGUAUGGCGAAGCGCCUGCUGGGCGUUGCUCAACGACACGUCCCAGGCCCACUUCGAGCUUCGAUAUGCCAUCGAACAGAACUUCGCCAACAACGGACUGUCCAUGUACAAGGGUCUGGAUCCUCCAUUCCAGAUCGAUGCAAACUACGGUUUAGUCGGCGCCGUGUUGGCAAUGCUCAUCGUCGACCUGCCGACACUCAGCAGCGACAAGAGCACACGCUUUGUUGUUUUGGGUCCGGCGAUCCCCAAAAGCUGGGGAGGUGGCCAGGUGAAAGGGUUGAGGCUUCGGGGUGGUGGCUACGUUGACUUCCACUGGGACAGUGAAGGUGUCGUUACGGGUGCCCACCUCACGGACAGGACUGCUCGGAUUAAAGUCCUGAACAAAAGUGGCUGGAUAUUGGCUUCUCACUCCUAA